CCUAUAAUAAAACUUAACUGGUCGAGGUCUGUACUUAUAAUAUACCUUUUGGCAAAAAAUCUAUUUGGAGGAUAAUAGUGUCCAAACCGGGAAUCCAUAUGGUCCAAAGGGUCGGUCGGCAGAGAAUGCAUUAAGCCCACCCGUUGUACAUUUUAUGUGCAUAAAGUUUAAAAAAAAUAUAGGGUACCUAAACAGAAUUCAUAAAUGUGAUUAGGCUGGGUCUGGGUCCAACCUUAUUCUGGUAUUGUAUAUACUAUAGGAGUCUGUUUUUAAGUACUGAAAUUUCAGUAAACUUAUACGGCGAGCAAAGUCGGGGUCAACAGCUAGUUAUUUCUAUGCACACAAAUGAUCCAAGGACCGCUCAAUACGUCUCAGUGACGAGUCGUCGUCGCCUGCGCGGGUGCUAACUAGAAAACGGUAACAUCCCUAACAACCAGAACAAAUAGAGCACCGUUAUCACCCACUUCAUAUAUAACCUGCACACACGAUUACUCUCAUUUCGGGGAAAGUCUGUACGGAAUUUGCUGUGUUUCACGACAAGAUUUUAUUUACUUUAACUUGCGUACACAACCGUCAAUUCUAUUGUGAUUCUAUUCCUUUUUAUAGAAUAAUUCUUAAAAGCAUAUAAGGCAGUGGAAAAGAAAAGCAUCCUCCUUUUUAAGACGGUUAAAAAGGACAUUGAUUCUAGUGAUUUUAAGAACUUUGAACUACGCAAUAGAGGAUGAAAAUGUACUGAUACAUAAAUUAAAAGCAGUUCAAUCAUGGCUCGCACUUUGUGGAUCAUCACCAUAGCGUUUAUAGCAACAGUAGCUGCCUAUUCCGUGGGGGUUGAUGAGUAUCUAAAUCACGUAGAUUUGUACUCAAACGAAUUUGAUGAUGACCUUUUGGACCACAACGACAGGAAAGGGAAAAUACUGUUUCCGUUCGUGAGUAUCGUUCGGUUCGCGAACACGGACUGUUCGACCAGCAACGCAUUCAACGGGACAUGUCUCGCGCGCCGGGAAUGCAACAAUCUGAACGGGACUAUCACAGGAAACUGCGCGUCCAGGAGAGGCAGGUGCUGUGUGGUGACGAGGUCUUGCGGCAGCUCCACCAAUGUGAACAACACGUACUUCACGAGCCCUGGUUACCCUGCCGCGUACGCCGGCGGAGCCGCCUGCAGCAUCAUAGUCAACCGGUGUAACAACGCCAUUUGCCAGCUCCGAAUAGACUUCACGGACCUAGUCCUGGCGCAGCCCGACGGCGACGGAAACUGCGUCACGGACUCCAUAACGGUCACCGGCGGCAACACCAUAGUGCCGACCCUCUGCGGGGACCUCACCGGCCAGACUAUUUUCGUCGACUUCAACGGGAAUACAGCGAUCACCAUCACGAUAACUGCCACAUUGGCGACCACCUUCUCUAGAAGGUGGAACCUCAAGCUGAUACAACUGGGCUGUGACUGCCCUGGAAUUGCUCCAAACGGUUGCCUACAGUACUACACAGGCACCACCGGCACUAUCAACAGUUUCAACUACGGCACGGCGGCCAACACGCAGCUCAGCGCCUCCCUCGUCACCGGCACGCGGCAGAUCGCCAACAUGAACUACGGCAUUUGUAUCAGAAUGGAAGCCGGCUACUGUGGCAUACAGUAUGCUCAAACAGGAGACAUGUACUCGUUCACCGUAACGGGCGACGUGGAGGGGGCCGACAACACCGUACUGGGCACCAACCUGGGUGCCGCCAACGACGGGGCUUGCACCACUGACUUCGUGGUCAUACCGAACCCUACGGUCACCGCUACGGGGGUAGGAGUCGGCACAGAUAGAUUCUGCGGCAUUGGAUUCGUUCCCAUUCAGACUGCCCUGAAACCAUUUGUGCUAUACGUUGUCACAAACGCUGACGAGGGGGCCACCGCCACAACGCCGCCCGAUGUGGCCAAUAGAGGGUUUUCACUCACAUACACCCAAGUUGCCUGUUAAGCCGAAAACCUAAUAUAACUUUUGCCUAGAUUGUAGGAUUGUUAAGUAAUAUAAGGAACAUUCCAUAUAUGCACUUUAAUCCGGUAUUAUUUUCAAUAUAAAAGGUUUGAAGUAUAAACAUAAAGGUCAAAAUUAUUCAUAAGGCAGUAAUUAAAAUGUUAACAUUUUUGUAUUUACUAGUAGUAAUGUUAUGAACCUACCAGAAUUAGCAACAUAAGCAGCACUAUCUUGAAAGUAUCUUGUAUAGCUUAAUUUUUAAGAACCAUAACUCCAUUAAAGUGAUGUUAUGUAUGUUCCUAUUCAGCAACACUGGUGCAAAAUGUUCUUAUUUGCGGCUGAAAUAAUUACAUUCAAUAUCAUCGGGCCCAUUUAGAAUAUAGGUAGGUAGUAAUUAACUUUUUAUUAAUUUUGUUAUUUAUCAAAUCUAUAACUUAAAAAGAGAACUUCAAUGAUCCACGUAAAUAAUUGUGGUUUUCUUUUUGAAUAAUGUUGAAUGAAAUUAAAUACCUUUUAAGUAA